GUCUGCGGCGACUCCCAUUGGCAGCACUGCUACCAUGUCGAACUCCAGUGCCUGCGCAGUGUGCGGCGAUCAAAGCUCCGGGAAGCACUACGGCGUGGCCUGCUGCGAUGGGUGCUCGUGCUUCUUCAAGCGGAGCGUGCGGCGCGGCAGUAGCUACGCCUGCAUCGCUCUGGCCGGGAACUGUGUGGUGGACAAGGCGCGAAGGAACUGGUGCCCCUCCUGCCGCUUCCAGAGAUGCCUGGCCGUGGGAAUGAACGCCGCCGCGGUUCAGGAGGAGCGGGGUCCGCGCAACCAGCAGGUGGCUCUUUACCGCGGUGCCCGGAGACAUGCUCCGCUAUCUCCGCAGCCCUCGCCAUCUCCGACGCCCCACUCCCAGGCGCUGCACUUCCAGAUCCUUGCCCAGAUCCUCGUCACGUGCCUGCGCCAGGCGAAGGCCAACGAGCAAUUCGCUCUCCUGGAUCGCUGUCAGCAGGACGCCAUCCUGCAGGUGGUAUGGAGCGAGAUCUUCGUCCUGCGUGCGUCCCACUGGUCGCUGGACAUCAGCGCCAUGAUCGACGGCUGCGGCGAUGAGCAGCUCAAGCGACUCAUCUUCGAGGCCCACCAGCUGAGGGCCGACGUCUUGGAACUGAAUUUUUUGGAGUCCCUGAUCUUGUGCAGAAAAGAAUUGGCCAUCAGCACGGAGUACGCCGUUGUCCUGGGAAGCCACUCGAAUGCCGCCUUGAUCUCCUUAGCCCGAUACACCCUGCAGCAAUCCAACUACCUGCGGUUUGGACAACUCCUUCUUGGUCUCCGGCAGCUCUGCCUGAAGCGCUUCGACUGCGCGCUGUCCUGUAUGUUUCGCAGCGUGGUUAGGGACAUCUUGAAAACCCUUUAGGCGCAAGUUGACCAACCGUCUAUUGCCCCCUUUAAAAUUAAAGAAAAUCAUAGUA